AUGUCUGGAGAGAAUCAUGGCAAACCCUCCGCCGUGCCGUCGUUUGCUUCCUUCAAGAAGCCGGAGCCGUCGAAAAAGUCAUCAGAAUCAGAAAAAGACAAACCAGCAACAGAAUCUGUCAGGGACCGUGAGGGAUCUGAUGAUCUUGGGAGGAGGUCCUCCAGACCCAAGAGACAUCACCAUGACCGGGAGCGCCAGUCCAGCUCCAGGCAUAGAAAGCCUUCAGAGUCGGUCGCUCUACGGCAUCGUGAGCACGCCAAGGACAGUCUCGGAAGUCCGCUGAAGCCUGCUGAUGAGGUCUUGUCCAGUCGCAACUCUGUCCCUGCGUUUGCCACUGAGAAACAGUCUAAUUAUUCCGACCAACUGUACGCCAUUGACAGACGAGGCGAUCCAUUGAUUCUGAGAUAUGGAUCAAAUGACCGCUCCAAGGUCCCUGUUUACCGCAGAGGAGGUCGUGGUCGUGUCCUCGGUCAGGCCGUGGGAUUUCUCGAGACUGAUCGAGUAGGAGCCAAGGAGGUGUUUGUCAUCCGCUCUGCCCGGGAGCGUGGCUCCCUUUUUCGGGAGAAGAACAUCCCGCAACUCAAAUCUGGCAACGGACUGGAGAAGAACUUCAUACCAAGGUCCCAAAAUCGAUCAGAUGUGCCAGUGGCGUCCGAGGAGAUGGAAUUCUUGCCAAUUACAAAUCCAAACAAGAGGAAGCGCGGGCAAGACGAUGAAGAUGCCCAUGACGGACGUUUUGGCCCCAACGGUGGUCCUUUAAGGAUGGGUGGGCUGCAGCCGUCCGAACCGAGUGCUUUUGACAGUGAGACGACGUCUGAUGAAGAUCAGAUGCCUGAUAUCGAUGAUGAUGGUGAUGAUAAUGACGACCAGACGGAGGGGCAGGAGGAGCUGCAGGACACCAAGAAACGCCUCAUUGAGCUAUCACGGCGGGUCAAGGAGCACCCAGAAGAUGUCGACGCAUGGCUUGCUCUCAUUAAACUUCAGGAAACGAGACUACAUUUUGACGCGAACGAGGCCGAAAACGAAUCAUUCUCCAGGGGUGUGGCAGAAGUUAAGUUGUCCAUGUUUGAGUCUGCUUUGAAGCAUUCACGGUCUGAAGUAGAUCGUGAGCGACUUCUCCUCGGACUCAUGAGAGAAGGCAGGCACAUUUGGGCCCCCAAAGUGCUGACCAAGCGCUGGGAAUCAAUUUACAAGGAGCACCCACGCAGUUUUCUGCUGUGGAGGGCAUACCUUGACCAUCUGAUGACCGAUGUUGCCUCUUUUGGAUUUGAUGAGAUCAGGGGAUUCUUUCAAAGACGACUGGAUUUUCUCAGAGCUGAAAUGUAUCUUGCGACAUCCAAAGAAUCCGCCACCCAGGAGGUAAUAAACCUAUGUGAGCAAUCAUUAUACGUGUUUCUGCGAGUAACCCGGUACCUGCGAGACAGCGGAUUCUUUGAGACGGCUGUCGCGUUAUGGCAGGCAAUAUUGGAACUCACUUUCUGCCGUCCAAGCGAGCUUGUCGACUCUUCAGCAGAAGCAUGUCUACUGGCUUUUCGGGAUUUCUGGGAGAGCGAGGUCCCCCGCUUUGGGGAGCAAGACCAUCAAGGUUGGAAUGCGUUUGCCAGCAGCGAUCAGGACGUGCCGGAUCCUCGGAGAUCAGCCCCUCCAGAUCCUCCCAAAUCUAGAGAUGUGUACAAGGCGUGGGCUUCCUCUGAACGCCAAAGAUGCCUCGGCAGCGGCAUGCCUGCCCGUGCGGUAGAUCAAGAUGCCGUUGAAGACCCCCUCAGAGUGGUCAUGUAUUCGGAUAUCGAGAGCUUUCUCUUUGUGAUACCCUCUUCAAUAGUUCCACACGUCAGAGUGCAAAUUGCUGAGGCGCUGUCUCAAUUUUGCCACCUGCCCUCCACCUCUGAUCUUCACGGUCUUAUGCAAGCCGCCAGGGACGACCAAUUCAUCUGUGGGUCGCAUGCGCACCUCCAUGCUGCAGUUGAUCUCAAAGCGAGCGAGCAGACAAGCGUAACACUUAUCGAAGACCACGGGCCCAAGAAAAGUCCUCAGCUCCUUCAUGAUGAAGCUCAUAUGGCAUUUUCUACAGAUUUGUUGAUAGCGGGCUCAGAUUGGUUCUCUUAUGGAAUAACGACGAUAGCCCCAGAAAUCCCAAGAGAUUUCCAGGAUUGGAUAUCCACCUCUAUCCAGGAGCUUGCUAUUAAGCACAAAGUUGAAGAACUCGGAGAGCUCCAUCUCUAUUUGCAAUGGUCCCAUAAACCCCAAAACGCAAAGAAGACAGCAAAGGGCUUGCUCAAACUAUACCCCACGAACACCGAGCUCUACAAGGCAUAUGCAUGUUCUGAAUAUUGCAAUGGCAAUCUUGAGCUAGCAAAAAGCGUGCUGCUAUCAGCUGCCAGUCAAAAACUAAGCGCCAUCCCAGGCAAGACGCAGUCGUUAUGGAACACCCUGGUGUGGAUGGAAUUGCAAAAGACCAAUCUCCAGAAUGCCGCAGCAACCUUGUGCUCGUCGGCAGGAGACAAACCCGGUACAGCCAUACCUACUGACGAUCUGCUCCAGCCAACGCCAACGCAGAUUCUCAAGGCACGCCAGAGUUUCCAGACCGGAAGAGACUACCAACUAUCGUCGGGCGACGUGGCCGGGGCCGUCGCGUUUGCUGAGUCGUCAGUCAUGCUAGCAUAUCUGACGACGAAGGACGGUGAGGAAACAUACUCGGAGAAACAAGGCAAUUUGUCAUCUGCAGUUGCAAGUGUGAUGUCCUUCUCGGAUGAGCUCUGCGCUCGAAGUGAUGUGUCACAUUCCUCAAGCCAUGAAAGAUUCCUACAAUUCGCGUCGAAGCUUCUAUACUUUCACGCUAGAAAUGGAUCUUUCCGACCUGCAUCCCUACGGGAGACCUUUUCGCACUUUGUAAGGUUAUUUCCGCGGAACACCAUGUUCCUAUCCCUCUUUGCCUGGGCCGAGUCGAGCCUCCGCCUGGACGAUCCCGUGCGCAGGCUGCUGCAGAGAAGCAUCCUAAUCGAGCCAACCGACACAAUAUCGGCCCGCAUCUUUGCCAUCCGCCACGAAAUUCGCGUCGGAAAUGCCUACUCUGUGCGGGCGGCGUUUGAGCAGGCCCUGGCGGCCGACAGGUUCGCCGGCGACCCGCACUUGUGGAUAGCCUAUGUGCGGUUCUGCUGCAGCAAAAGGGAGCUGCGGGGCAAGGCCAAAGACGUCUUUUACCGAGCCAUGGCCGCCUGUCCCUGGUCCAAAGAGGUACUCAUGGAAGGCUUCGGUGGCGGUCUGAUUCGCGACAUGGCUUCCGACGAACUGCGAGCGCUGUACACGACCAUGUCGGCUAGGGGUUUGAGGAUCCAUGUUGACAUGGAGGAGUUUGUCGAGGAGUGGCGGAGACAGAAGAAUAGUGGUAAAUAGUGAGAGUAAUAUGAGCGUUAUAGUGGAUGAAGAAUAUGACCAAUAAUUGGCGGGAAACAUCUGAGCAGUUACAAGAUUUGCUGCGU